AUGCAAGUGUAUUUCCCUAUACAAACUCUAACAAGUAUUGCUGUUGAUCUGAGUGACAAGGUCUCAUCUCUCAGCGUGGACAUGAGCUGCCAGAUGGUGUUUGGGAUGAAGUACAUGGAUGAGGAGUUUGAUGCGAGGGGGUUCAAGUCUGUGGUCAAAGAGGGCACACAACUAUUGUCUGCACCUAAGUUGGACGAUCACAUUCCUUUUAUUGCUCCCCUUGACCUCCAAGGGUUUACAAAGCGCAUGAAGUCUGUUAACAAGGCUUUCGAUACCUUCUUUGAGAAGAUCAUUGAGGACCAUCUUCAAUCUAACGAUGAAGAAAUAACUAAGGACUUUGUUGAUGUCAUGGUGGGCUUCAUGGGAUCUGAAGAAUCUCAAUACCGUAUAGAACUGCCGCGCCCCCCCCUACCCCCCCAAUAUCAAAGCCAUAAUAUUGCAGCCGAGUGGGCAUUUUCCAAACUCAUGAGGCAUCCAAAAGCAAUGAAGAAAAUCCAAAAGGAGCUAGAAAAUGUUGUUGGAUUGGACAGAAUGGUGGAGGAAUCAAACUUGGAGAAAUUGGAGUACUUGAACAUGGUAUUGAAGGAAACCUUGAGGCUACAUCCAGUGGCACCAUUGUUGCUUCCUCAUGCAGCCAUUAAAGAUUACACUGUCAAUGCCUACCACAUACCCAAAAAAUCGCAUAUUAUCAUAAACGCGUGGGCAAUCAGGAGGGACCCGAGUGCUUGGACAAAUGCAGAGUAG